GCAGCGGUGGUGGCGGCGGCGCUAUCGGCCGAGCUGUAACCGUCGUCCGUCCUGAGCGGCUAGCGCGGCAGCGGCGGGGCACGGCGCGCGGCGACGCCACAGGGCAGCGGCGGCAGCGGAGGCAGCGGCGACAGCAGCAGGAGACGCAGCAGCAGCAACAGCAAGACGGACUCGUGGACACGCGCCGCCGUCCUCGCCGCCGCCGGGCCGGGCCGGGUGUCGCGCGCCGAGGCUGGGGGGGAGUCGUCGCCGCCGCCGCCACCACCACCGCUACCGCCGCCGCCGCCGCCGCCGAGGUGACUGAGGAGAGAGGCGCCUCCUCGCUCCCGCCACCGCUGGACUUCAAUGCCCAGUCCUCAGCUCGCCAGCGUUUUUCGUUGGAAUAUACGUUGCACAUUUAUGGCGAUUCUGAGUGUGAGGGCAGACUUCUGCCAGGCUCAGCACAGCGUUUUUGCUGACAAGUGAGCUUGGAGGUUCUAUGUGCCAUAAUUAACAUUGCCUUGAAGAAUCUGGACACCGAGACUGGCCUCGGAAAUAGUUGGCUUUUUGUUUUAAUUGGAAGCAUAUUUCUUUUAAUGACUCCAUUAAAAUUAAUUAUCAAGUAAACAAAAGUGGAAAACAACAUACACUUUUAACUUGUCUCACUAGUGCCUAAAUGUAGUAAAGGCUGCUUAAGUUUUGUGUGUAGUUGGAUUGUUUUUUGGAGUCGAAGGUAUCUGUCUGCAGACACUGAGGCCCAAGUUGAAUUUGGAUUCAAGUGGAUUCUAAACACUUCUGCCUGUCUUGAAGAGAGAAGCUUCAUAAGAAGUAAACAAGUUGAAUAGAGAAAAUACUGGUCAAUAAUAGGCAUCUUAGUGGUCUUUUUAAUGUUUUCUGCUGUGAAACAUUUCAAGAUUUAUUGAUUUUUUUUUUCAUUUUCCCCUUCACACUCACAAGCACGCUCACACUUUUUUAUUUGCCAUAAUGAACCGUCCAGCCCCUGUGGAGAUCUCCUAUGAGAAUAUGCGCUUUCUGAUAACUCACAAUCCUACCAAUGCUACUCUCAACAAGUUCACAGAGGAACUUAAGAAGUAUGGAGUGACAACUUUGGUUCGAGUUUGUGAUGCUACAUAUGAUAAAGCUCCAGUUGAAAAAGAAGGAAUCCACGUUCUAGAUUGGCCAUUUGACGAUGGAGCUCCACCCCCUAAUCAGAUAGUAGAUGAUUGGCUGAACCUGUUAAAAACCAAAUUUCGUGAAGAGCCAGGUUGCUGUGUUGCAGUGCAUUGUGUUGCAGGAUUGGGAAGGGCACCUGUGCUGGUUGCACUUGCUUUGAUUGAAUGUGGAAUGAAGUAUGAAGAUGCAGUUCAGUUUAUAAGACAAAAAAGAAGGGGAGCAUUUAAUUCCAAACAGCUGCUUUACUUGGAGAAAUACCGACCUAAGAUGCGAUUACGCUUCAGAGAUACCAAUGGGCAUUGCUGCAUUCAGUAGGGAGAGACAAACAAAGGCUUAUUUGAUUGUGGCAUUUAGAGGGAACUCUUGGUACCUGAAAAUGUGAAUCUGGAAUCUUACCUGUGUCAUCAAAGUAGUGAUGGAUUCAGUACUCCUCAACUCCUAAUGAUUGGGAAAAAAUAACCAAAAAGGUCUCCUCUAUAACCUAAAUAAAAUGUUUGAGAAUGGAAAAAGGGAUUAAUUCAAUGAAGGAUGAUUUUGCUCCUCGUUUUGGAGUUUUAAUUUCUGCCAGGAUAGAAUGAUUUCAAAAUCUCCUUUUUUAACUUUUUCAAAAUGGUCUCUAAGGAAAACCAGCAAAAUAUUAACCUGUGCAGAACCAUCUGUUUGGGGAGCACAUUCUUCCAUUAUGCUUGGCACAUAGACCUUCUUGUGGUGGGAUUUGUGGGGUAAGGAGCAUAUUUUCCCCCUUUUUUCUCCUGUCUCCUGCCCCCUGCCUUCCCCUGAUAAACAUUGUAGAUGGACUAGAAGCCCUUGUUGCUGUAGAUGUGCGUGCAGUCUGGCAGCCUUAAGCCCACCUGGGCACUUUUAGGGAGGAAAAAAAAAAGCACCAAAAAACCCCAAACAAAUCAGUUACGCAUAUAUAUGUGAAUGACCCAGGUGAUUUUUAGUCUUUCCUGAUGAUGGGGUGUUCAUGUUAGUUUCUUUUCUUCAAAGCCCCAAUCUAUCAUUAGGCAAAGUAGUCAGGAGCCUUUUGUUUUUGUAAAUUACUGGGAAAUGGCAUUUGAAGAGGAGUGUGCUCGUACAAAUUAGCUGAAAGUAGAAAUAUUUUUCAACCAUUGACGCUAAAUGGGCAUCCCAGAAGCUUGUUUAUUGAAGACUACUCAGGCCAUUACUAAAGAUAUGUCCAGGCAGAGAAUUGGUAUACAGUGGUACACUGUAGAUCUGGGGGCUAUAGCUCUAUUCUGACUUUUCUGAAAGUCUAAUUAUGUCAGAAUGCUUAUAGCUUCAAAUUAUUUUAAGAUGUAUUUGUACCCUAGAUUUCCAGAAACAAAAGAGCAACAGCAAAUUCACAGUAUUUUGGUCUUGAGAAAUGCCUGGGUGGUUAUUUUCCUAACUGCUCCCUAUAUGUACAGUUCAGCUUAGCCACUGAUUGCCUUGUUAUUUUCUUACUAGGUUCUUCCUGACAUAAGGAAUAAAAAAAUCACCAGUUUGGAGUUAGCAAUGCCUAGUGAGUGUGUAUCCACAGGCUGUACCAGGCAGGGUAAACAAGCAAUACCAAGCAACCCAGAUGAAUAGCAAAGGAGUUAUGUUGCUUGGGAGGUGGUGUGGUAGCAUGUUUGCAGAUUCUCCUCUGGAUUCAACAUUUUUCUCAUUUGCAGGAGGCACUUAGAACCAGGCUGCAAUGACAAAGGCAGUGGAGAGACUUCGUCAGGGGCUCUCACGCUAUUUUUCACAUAAAAAUUAAAUUGCAGAUUAGUAUUUCCCUUCUUCUAAGGCUCUGAAUCCAAGCUCAGAGUCACUGUGUCCCUCUGGAAUUUACUGGUCCGAGCUAUAAGCGUCUGCCUCAUUUUGUAGCAUCAGCUAGGCCAGUAGGAAUGGAUUGGGACCGUGUCUUACACUGAUGAUAAUACCUCACAUGUUGGCCGGCUAUGUGAACUGCCUAUUUUCCAUUGCCAGAGUUUUGAUUUUUAACUUAAGUGCAAAUCUGUAGAUUUUUCUCUUCCCUCAUACCAGAAGAUAAAAAUAAUGCCUUUUGCCAUUCAUUCUAGAAUUUGAAAGUAAAAAAAAAAAAUGAUGGUACUAACCAAAAUUCUUUUAUUUUUGAACAUGACAGUAGAUACUUAAUAUAGACUCAAGAUUAGAACAUCAUACUUUCUAAGUGUAGAUAAAGGCUGUUGAUUCUACGAGUUUUGAUCAAUACCAUCAAAAAACUUUUUCAUUUGACAUGCUCUAAAUUUUAUCGACUGCCUAUAUCGGUGUCAGUACCUGCCUAAGGAGAAUUACAUUCCUGGUUCUGUGAGAAGGGUGUAUAAAGCAACAUGAAACAUUUGCCCUUAUUUUGUUUAUAAUUGCAAACUGAUGUUCUCAGAACUGGAUUUUCUUUCUCUCAAAAUUAGAACUUUUUGUUGUUUUGGAUUUAAUGAAGUAUUGCUAGCUGAAGCCAGUUUGACAUAGAAGCAAUGUCAGACUGAUGAGAGGUGUGCAGCCUGAUUAAAACCAAACCCUGAACCCUUUUAAAGAACAAUAAAACAUAUUUUACAUGCUC